UCACUAUUUUUCCAAAUCUAAUGCAACAACUGGAUAUUUGUUAUUAUCAUAUAUCGUCGGUUUACUGUCAAAACAAGAUAAGUGCAUUUUUAACAUUUUUGCGUUUAGUGCAUUUUCGUAAUCAAAAUUUGUAUAUAAAUUUACUGCAUAAACCAGAUAAGUGUUGGACAGUGAAAAGGUAGUAAAUGAUGUAGACUUGCUUUGGCAAUUAUUAAUUUUGCUCAACACUGUUCAGCUAAAACAGGGUUUCAAGGAUAUGGCUCAAGGACCUAACUUCCAAUAGAUCAUAUUAUUUUCAGUGUAAAAGCAUUUAAGUCAUAAUAUAGAUGACUAGUGUGCAAAAUGACUAUUUUUGAUCUCAGCUGAUGACACCCCAAAAAGGAUAAUUUAUAUGAGCACCAUGGCAUUGAAGAAAUGGGUUCUAAUCUACAUAGUUUUCACUUCACUUGUUGGAGAACGAUCCGCAGUACCACAAGAUUCCGGGGGCGACCUGGACCUGACAGAUAUGGGAGACAUCUUAAACGAGCUGGGGGCCUCGUUUCCACCCUUGGAGAGUCCUCCAGUUCAUUUUGCCACUGAGAAUAACACAGUUGUGACGGCACAAACCGGGUCAACCGCCCUUGUUCCUUGUGUCAUCAACAAUAUCGGUGAUGGCACGUUGUAUUUUCAGGUCUCAUGGAUCAGAAGAAAGGAUUAUCAUCUGCUUACGGUGGGCUUAGCGACUUACAGUAGCGACGACAGAUUUCAAGCCAUUCACCUGCAGCAUUCGGAGUUUUUUCUUGCUUUCCAGGACUGGACGCUCCAAAUCAAGUUUGUACAACAAAGAGACGCUGGAUUGUACGAAUGUCAAGUAUCUUCUCAUCCACCGACAAGCAUUUUUAUACAGUUAAAUGUAGUAGAAGCAAGAGCGGAUAUACAGGGCCCAUCAGAAAAAUACCUAAAACCUGGAAGUGGUCUAAGAUUGCAAUGUACAGUUUUGCAGAGUACAGAACCUCCGUCUUAUGUCUUUUGGUAUCAUAACAAUAGAAUGAUAAACUAUGACGUAGAUCGAGGGAUAAACGUCACAACAGAACUAAGCGAAAAGAGCAGUACAUUGACAAUCACCAAUGCAGCUACCAGACAUUCUGGAAAUUAUUCCUGUGUGCCAAGCAAUGCACAACCUGCCAGCACCUACGUGCAUAUUUUAAAUGGUGAAAAUCCUGCGGCGAUGCAACACGGCGGCCGAGGAUUAUCCUGGCUUCAAUGUAGCCCAUCCUCCUGGCUCCUGAUUUUGUUUUCCCUGUUACUGCUGAUGUGCUAGUUCCGACGAUAAAAGAAUAGGGAAACUUUUUGUUUUAUUUUCGAGGGACAACUGUUGAUUUUUUAUUAGAAAUCAACGUACAGUGCAAAUGCUUGAGCCGAGCGAACGGUGCAACGGAAUGGACUUGCAGUGGUAAAAGUGAUUAAAAUUUAGUUUUUAUAGUUGGCAGCUUGUAGUUUAUUAAUGUACCGGAUUAUUCAAAGUUUUAAAUUUCUGGCAUUCUACUUGUUUGUUAUACAACUUUGAACUUUUCUGUAUAUUAAAAAUUAUCAUUAUAAAUUAAAGCAAAAAGCUGUUAAUAAAUAUUUUUGUAAUUACAUUUUCAUAGGAUUUAAGACUUAUUAAUAUAAUACUCCUUAUAUUUAAUUUUAAAGCGAUUCUGCUAAGAACAAGUGAUCUUAUUUAUAGUAAAACAGUAUAACAACCAUAUAAAAAAUAUUUUAAUUAGCAUCUUAUAUGCUUCUCGAUAAAAUUAAAGUAUAAAUU